AUGAAGGAUAGCGGUAGCAGUGGCGGUGGCGCCGGAAGAAAACAAGGGGCGGCAUCGCCGUGUGCCGCUUGCAAGCUUUUACGAAGAAGAUGUUCUCAAGAUUGUGUUUUUGCACCCUACUUUCCGGCCGACGAGCCUCAGAAGUUUGCCAGUGUUCAUAAGGUGUUUGGUGCUAGCAAUGUCAACAAGAUGCUCCAGGAAUUACCGGAGCAUCAUAGAGGUGACGCUGUGAGUUCAAUGGUGUAUGAAGCAAACGCACGGAUCAGGGAUCCAGUGUACGGUUGUGUCGGAGCAAUAUCAUCCCUACAACAACAAAUAGACGUACUUCAAGCACAAUUGGCAGUGUCCCAAGCAGAAGUGGUUCACAUGAGAAUGCGCCAGUUCUCGUCAAGCCCCGUCAACCAGUCACCGGAAAACAUCUCGCCACCGUCUCGCCACCACCCAUCACACACACCAACCAGGUCCCUUUUUGGCAUGGACAUGGUAGUUGACCACCAAAGUCAUAUGGGCAUGGGGGAGUCCUUAUGGUCCUCGUGCAACUAG